UGCAACCCAGAGAAAGAGCCUUCACGCUGUUCAAAGCCGCGUUUUUCACUUCCUGUAAGUUCCUCUUUUUCUCUUUCAAAUCAUAUAUAUGUUCGUCUUACGUACUUUUUGGAGUUCUAAGCCGUAUGGGUAUUACGUUUGGGAUUCUUCGCUCUAGGAUGACCUAGAGCGAAGGCUAGUGCUCUUUGCGCGUGUCCCGUUCUCUUCUCCAAUCCUCCACAUAUACCUUUAUAUAUAUCCAAUUGUGAAAGUAUAUUUGUUAAGCGUACCUAUUUGCAAUGGAGGUCAAGCUAUGGAACGACAAGCGCGAGAGAGAAAUGUACGAGAACUUUGCUGAGCUCUAUGCUAUAAUCAAAGCGACGGAGAAGCUUGAAAAGGCCUAUAUUCGUGACAUUAUCACCUCAUCUGAGUAUGAAACCGAAUGCCACAAGCUUAUCGCCCACUUCAAAACACUAGCUUCCACUUUGAAAGACAUAGUCCCUAGCAUUGAGCGCUUUGCAGACACAUACAAGAUGGAUUGUCCAGCUGCCAUAAACCGAUUGGUGACCUCAGGGGUCCCUGCCACAGUGGAACACCGGGCUGCUGCAGCUGCCUCAGCGACAACAUCAGCUGCCAUUGUGGCAGAGUGUGUGCAAAACUUCAUUACAGCCAUGGAUUCCCUAAAACUGAAUAUGGUGGCAGUGGAUCAGGUGCAUCCGCUGCUAUCAGACCUUUCAGCUUCACUUAAUAAAUUGAGCAUUUUGCCACCAGACUUUGAGGGCAAGACAAAGAUGAAAGAGUGGAUUUCUAGGCUGUCUAAGAUGGGGGCAGCAGAUGAAUUGACAGAGCAGCAGGCCCGGCAACUACACUUUGAUCUGGAGUCCUCAUAUAAUUCUUUUAUGGCAGCUUUGCCUACUGCUGGAACUUGAUUGGUUUUGUUGAGCUUGUAAAUUAAUGGGUACAAUCAUUGAGUCUGGGUUAUUCAAUACAUAUUGUCUUGUUUGUUGCUGCAACUUGGUAGAACCUCGAUGAUGAGUUGGAAGAAUUACUAAUUUUGUAACAGGUUUUAUACAUUUUGGGAAUGGCUGAACCAUUAAAUUGUUAUUAUUUUGCCGUCUUGUAUUGUGUAAAUUGUUUGUACUUCCAUUUAGUAUCUCAAUAUUCAUUCAUCUUUCAUUUUGAUUUGUGAA